GCAGGAGUGAAAAUAUUAACCGUUGGGAAAAAAAAAAUCAUUUAACCAAGACGUCUUGCUUCUCAUAUCCUAGUCUAUUCCACCACGUACAUUAUGGCUGUCCAGACCUCCUCCUUUGUCAAGAAACUUGCUGCCAACGAUCGUCCGACCAGAGAAGCUGCGUUGGAGUCCUUGCGGAAGUUCUUAUCCAACAAGCAGACCUCCAUGCCGCUCUUGGAGUACCAGAAGUUGUGGAAAGGGUUGUAUUACUCCAUGUGGUUCUGCGACCGUCCGAGACCGCAACAGCGUCUUGCGGAUGCCUUAGGGGCCUUGUUUUCCGAAACCAUCCCAGCCAAGAAUUUUGGUGUCUUUGUGGACUCUUUCUGGUUUGUCAUGGGGAAGGAGUGGGUUGGCGUGGACCAGCACCGUAUUGACAAGUACUACAUGUUGUUGAGAAGAGUCAUUAACCAUUCCUUCAGGAAGUUGCAGACGCAGAAGUGGGACAAGAACUUUGUGGAUUUGUACCUCGGGGUUAUGAUGCAAGGUCCGUUGAGCGGCGAUGCCAAGAUUCCCUACGCCAUCCCAUACCACAUCAUUGAUAUCUACAUCGAUGAGUUGGAGAAGGUUAUGUUUGCUGACAUUGAAGAGGAAGGUGAGGAAAAGGAAGCGCAGAUCGCACAGAAGAAGCAAGACAUCAUUGAUAAUACUCCUAUCAAGGCCUUGUUAUUACCGUUCGAGAGAUUGAAUAAGAAUGCGUUGUUGAAGACUCUCAGAUUGAAGGUCAAGGAGGACAUUUUCGAAGAUGACAGAUUAGCCGAGUGGGGGAUUGUUGAGAAGGAGGAGGAAGUCAAGGACUCGGAUGAUGAGAGCGACGACGAAUGGCAUGGUUUCUAAGUGACUGCCACUGUGUACUAUAGUGUUAAUGAAUGAUUAAUAUGAAUGUGUGUAGGGCGAUGAAAAUCGUGGAUAAUUGUCGAUCUAUGUAGGAACGGGGAAGGUUGACGAGGUGUCGGGACUUGAAUCUGGGUUUCGUACCUCCGCCAAAUCAAGAUCCAUCAAUUGUGGCUUGAAUAGUGUUACUGCUGUUGGAUAGAUUAUCAUCACAGCAAUGAUACCACCUUUAAUGAUGAAAUUAGGCAAAUUUAUUAAACAGCUUUGCCAUGACAAUUUGUCCUAUGUGACGCAAACUAGGAAUAUAAAACUCAUGCUUCAAUCGGAUCUUACGAAAUAGGCUUUGAUGAAGCCGUCAGUAAGAGAACCA